CAUUCUAGGUCAUUAAAUCUUGAACUCACUCAGUUGACUGUCACAGUACCUGUUAUCAACUUUAUAGACAAUAAUGGCGACUGUUGGCUUGGAGGAGGGGUAGUGCCAGAUGCUAUUGUUCUAGCAGAAGAAGCUUUGGAAAAAGCCAAGGAAAUCAUUCUUUUUCAUCCAAAAGUCUCUGCAUUGGUAGUGGGCACUGGACUGCUCCUAGAAGUCCACUAUGCUAUUCCAGAAGUGGCUAAUAAAGUCAGCAGUGCUCUUAAGAGUAAAUGGUCUGAGGGUGGAUAUCGAUCUGUGGUGGAUCUGGAAUCCUUGACUUCUCAGCUUACUUCAGACAUUCAGGAAAUCUCAGGAGACCAUCGACUUCAUGUAUUUUACAGUGACAUAGAACCAGAGGUCUUGGAAGACAAGCCUCACCAAAUCCCUUCACCAGAAGAAUUAAGCUACAUUAUUGAUGCUUUAUUCAAGAUUGAAGUUUUGCCAGAAAAUGUAGGAUACCUGAGAUUUGACAUGAUGGCUGUGCAGAAAUAAUUAAAGCCAUUGGGCCUCAGUUGGUUAGUCUUGUCUGGAAUAAGUUGGUUGAUACAAGUACCUUAAUCAUUGACAUGAGAUUCAACAGUGGGGGCUAUUCUACUGCCAUACCCAUUUUUUGUUCAUAUUUUUUUUUGAUCCUGAGCCAUUACAACACCUUUACACUGUGUAUGAUCGUAGCACCUCCACAGGUACUGAAAUAUGGACAUUUCCAGAAGUAGCUGGCCAAAGAUAUGGGUCCUCCAAAGACAUUUAUGUACUCACAAGUCACAUGACUGGUUCAGCAGCCGAAGCAUUCACAAGAUCAAUGAAGGAUCUAAAUCGAGCCACUAUUAUUGGUGAGCCAACUAGUGGGGUGUCUUUGUCUGUUGGUAUAUACAAAGUAGGGGAAAGUCAGCUUUAUGCCUCAAUUCCUAAUCAAGUGGUGAUUAGUGCAGUGACUGGCAAAGUGUGGAGCGUAUCAGGGGUUGAACCUCAUGUAGUCAUUCAAGCAAUGAGGCCAUGAAUGUUGCUCAGCGCAUAAUUAACCUGCGUUCUAAAAUUCCUUCCAUCAUCCAGACUGCUGGGAAACUAGUGGCCGAUAACUAUGCCUUUGAAGAAAAUGGAGCAGAAGUGUCUUCAAAACUACUUUCUAUGGUAGACAAAAAGGACUACAGAACAAUUAAGUCUGAAAUGGAACUAGCUGAAAAAAUCAACUACGAUCUACAGACUUUGUCAGGAGAUGUUCACCUCAAAGCUGUCUAUAUACCAGAAAACUCAAAGGAUCGCAUACCAGGGGUUGUGCCGAUGCAGAUCCCUUCUCCUGAUAUGUUUGAAGAUCUUAUCAAGUUCUCCUUCCAUACGAAUGUGUUUGAAAAGAAUAUUGGUUACAUGAGAUUUGAUAUGUUUGCUGACUGCGAGCUUCUGCACCAAGUGUCAAAUCUUCUGGUAGAACAUGUAUGGAAGAAAGUCGUUAACACAGAUGCCUUAAUUAUCGACAUGCGAUUUAACAUUGGAGGUCCCACAAACUCCAUUCCAGCACUCUGCUCUUACUUCUUUGAUGAAGGAACACCCGUUCUCCUUGAUAAAGUCUACAGCCGGACUGCCAAUGCCAUUACAGAUGUUUGGACCUUACCUCAGAUCGCAGGUUCUUCAUUUGGCACCAAGAAACCAUUAGUCAUACUAACCAGCUCAGUGACAGAAGGUGCUGCAGAGGAAUUUGUGUAUAUCAUGAAGAGACUAGGACGGGCAUAUGUCAUUGGAGAAAAAACAAAGUGGAGGAUGCCAUCCUCCUCAGACCUACCACGUGGA